CGUUUAUGAGCGAAUCACGCAGUACACAUCGUAAAGGUCAGAACGUUAUUUUCGUCCUAUAACUACAGGCAUUCAGAUAAUUACCGAUUAUCAUAUGUUUUUCUCUUGUCCCCAGCGUUGGCACGAAGUGUUUUAUGCCGAUUGAAGGAUAGAUAGCUAUUAUCGCCAGUCGGUGAUUGAGCCAAGAUAUAGAGAGCAAUGUCUUUUGUUCCUCGGCUUUCCAGAACACAAGGGCAAAGUCUUCGUAUGCCCGAAAAACAAUUGAUCCACCCGGAUGACUCACGACUUCUUAUUCCGAGCAGAUUUUUCUUAUUUUUACGGUUUCCUUUAUUUAGCAUCAAAAAAAGCAAUCGCUUUACGCAUUGCAAGUGCCAAGAUGAGAGGCAACUGGGAUCAAGCGGAGCCCCUGGUACUCGCGCCGGAGCAGCAUCAACAGCUCCAGCAGCAACAGCACCAACAGCAGCAGACGAUCGUGGACGCGGAUCAGCUACGAGCGGGACAUCCCCUCCACUCGCCAACCACGCCCGCCUGGGGCACCAUUGCCGAUAGAAUCACGGUGAAGGAGGAGCCACAGGAGGACAAGAACAACGACUCUGGCAUUUCGCCCGGGCAUUACACAAGCGAGUCCGCUUCGCCUCGCAGCCGGCGCUCCUCGUCCACGGCCAACUGUAGUCUCUCGCCCAGGAGCGCCUCCUCCCAGGAUUCCAACGGCAUGCCUAUGAACUCGUACGAGUUCAGUCCCCAGAGGCACUAUAAGACCUGCGACUCGCCGCUCGACUCGCCGCUCGACUACGCGCGCGUCCAACACCAUCACCACCAUCACCAUGGAGCCGCGGCUCUUGACGACAGCUCCCAGCACCAUCUCGACAGUCAGCAGAUGCUCACGACCGACAUCGUAUCCUCGAGCACCACUGCGACAGGGCCCGGCCAUGACGAGCCCGACUCCAUCGAGGUCUCUCCAGAUCCCUUGCAGUGUCCCAUAUGUAACUUUUCCACCCAGAGCAGGCUGCAGUUCACACAGCAUCUCGUGAGCCACUGCACGAAAUGCGACACGUCCGAAUUCACCAAAUCGGUAAUGGACCAAUUGACGAACGGUGGCAGCAUCGGCAGCCCCGAGGAGCUGAGUCGCGCCUCGCCGAAUCAACACGAGCGGAACUCGGAGCACGAGCUCGAGGAAUCGGACGAGCCCGGGCUUCGGGUGCCGCGGGUCAACUCCCAAGGGAAGGUCAAGACCUUCCGCUGCAAGCAGUGUAAUUUCGUUGCCAUAACGAAGCUCGACUUUUGGGAGCACAGCCGCUGUCACAUUAAGGCCGAGAAGCUGCUCACCUGCCCCAAGUGCCCGUUCGUCACCGAAUACAAGCACCACCUCGAGUACCACCUGCGCAACCACUUUGGCUCCAAGCCCUAUAAAUGCGACAAGUGCAGCUACUCGUGCGUCAACAAGUCCAUGCUCAACAGCCACCUCAAGUCCCACUCGAACGUCUAUCAGUUUCGCUGCGCCGACUGCUCCUACGCGACAAAGUACUGCCACUCACUCAAGCUCCAUCUCAGAAAGUACGAGCAUAAGCCCGCGAUGGUACUGAACGCCGAUGGUUCGCCGAAUCCGCUGCCCAUCAUCGACGUCUACGGCACGAGGCGCGGUCCCAAGACCAAGCCAAGAAGGAUCAUGACCAGCAUCGCCAACAACAGCAGCAGCAUCAACAACAACAACCAGCCAUCGCCGACGGCCAAUGGACUGUUAAGCGGCCUCCUGCCGGCGGUCGUGCCCCAGCAAGCAUCGGUUCUCAAUCCCCACUUCCAGUUCAGCCCUGGACACGGCGUUAACGGUAUGGGGAAGAUCGGCGGUUUCGCGAGCUUCAACGAUGGUGGCGGCUUCCCCGCGACACCAGCCCUCAUCGGCUUCCCUUACAAUCAGCUAUUCGGCGGCUUUCCCAUUCCGACACCCUUUGCCGUCGGUCCGGGCGGCGACGAGGUCAGUGAGAAGCAGUUCGAGCGCCUCAAGGCCAACUUCAUGGAGUACGCUAAAAAUGCCAGCGACGUCAACGCCAAGAUUGCGGACGAGCUGUUGUCGAGCGGCGGUGAGUCAUAUAAGGACGAGUCCCUGUCUCCGUACGGCAAUUUCCCGGGUCUUCUUCUCUCCCCGGAGUCGGUGAAGCGGGAGCGAACGUUCGAGUCCCCCGAAUCCAAAGCCGCGCCUCUGGACUUGAGUAAACCCGAGCCCAGCCUAAGCGAUAAUUCGAGGAUGACCGCGGGCGUAGUGGGUGCAGCGCUGGCGGCGGCGGCGGCGGCGGCGGCGGUGGCAGCUCCAACGUCAACGCCCACGUCAACGUCAACGCCGACGCCAACGCCGACGCCAACGCCUAUGGCAACGGCGGCGUCUACGUCAACAGCAACAUCAACGUCCUCGGUCACGGCUUUGACGACGAAACUCGCGGCGACCGUCUCCUCAAAUUCGCCAAGAACCGGCGGCACCAGUAGGCGCAAGGGUCGAGCCGUGAAGCUCGACAGGCGCGUGAUGGAAAACGACUCGGAUGAGGAAAUGGCGCAGGAGGAGACGCGGCACGCGGACAGGUUCGACGUAUCACCGCCCUCGGCCUCCCCGGCCUCGAGCGACUCCAAGGACUCCAAGGACUCGGCACAGGCCGCGCACUUCGCCGGGGUUGGCAUGAGCAACGAGUUCAUCUGCCAAUACUGCGAGAUAUCCUUCGGUAACGAGGUCAUGCACUCGGUGCACAUGGGCUACCACGGCUACCAGAACCCAUACACGUGCAACAUGUGCGGCAUCCAGAGCACCGACAAGGUCUCAUUCUUCUUGCACAUCGCGCGCUCCAAGCACUAGUCCACGAGGACUGGAACUUCGACGCUCGAACUCGGACCCCCGGCUGGCAGA